CCGCCUCCGACGCGGCCUGGACGGCAUGUCCAUGUUUUCUUUAUGCAUCUUUCCCUGAUGUCUGUCCGACAAGAUGAAUCCAUAUAAACCUGCGAGGUGACCUCUCGACGACUCCUGGGCUCCUCGACCUCCCAUCCGCCCUGUCUGAAGGCUCUGUGCCCGUCAUGCGCCGCUGCUCCCGCUUGCUGGCCGCCGCGGCCCUUGCCUUCCAUCUUUGCGGGUCUUACGCAGUGAACGUCUCCCUCCCGAUCACCUCUCCCUCGGGCACCCAACCUCUCGCCCGCACCCUCGUCUCCUUCUCCAUCGAGCAGGACCGCUGGCCAGACUGGUCCGGCGUCGACUCCCGCAACGAGUUCACCCACAGCGCGCUCACCGCUCUCCAGGAGCUCACCGGCGAGCCGCCCAAAAUUCGCAUCGGCGCCGACUCAGAGGACCACACCUUCUGGUCGCCGACAGUCACCAUCAACGAGGACGAGUUCCCGCCCGCGAACACGAUCACGCCCUACCCCGAGGCUACCCACAUCACCGUCGGGGAUGCGUACUACCAGCUCUCGCGCUUCCUCCCCCGCGGUACCCACGUCACAUGGGGCAUCAACUUCGGCGCGGACAACGUCACGAAUGCCGUCAACAUGGCUAAGGCUAUCGUCCGCGCGUUCCAAACGGCGGCUGUAAAGGCCUCGGGUGUCAUCCUGGACCUGGUCGAGGUCGGGAACGAGGCGGACCUGUACUCGAACAACGGCUUGCGUCCCAGGAACUUUACCGUCAACGACUACGUCCCCGACUGGAUCUCCAUCGCAGGCCCUGCAGUGGAGGCGGCGGGGAUCAACGGCCCUGAUGGGCCUGUGACGGUGCAGGGGGCUGCUUUUGCGGGCCAAGGCUUUACUCCGACCGAGAUCUUCAAUCUUGGUAUUCUGGACAGUGCACCCGGGAAGGCUAUCACUCAGAUAUCGCAGCACCGUUACUCUGCGGCGUUUUGCCAGGGAGGGGACUUCCCCUUGACGUCCUUCCUGAACAAGCAGUACAUUCGAGGCAACCUGUCGGUCUUCGAAGCAGACAUCGCGGAGACACACAGCCGCGGCCUGACAUAUGUCCUUGGCGAGACGAACAGCAUCGCCUGCCACGGCGCUCCCGGGGUCAGCAACACCGCCGGCGCUGCGCUGUGGACCAUAGACUAUACUCUGCAGGCAGCCACCCUAGGCAUCAAAGAGCUCUUCUUCCACGAGGGCGUCGGGUACAAGUACAACUUUAUCCAACCCGUCUCGCUGAACCGGUCCACGAUCGACGGCUCGCCGCUCGACCCGCCCUCGCCCCCGCACAUCCAGCCGCCGUUCUACGCCGCGCUCGUGGUGAACACGGCGAUCGGCGGCACGGGCGCGUCGCGGCUCGUCGAGCUCGCCGUCGGCGACGCGAACGUCUCGGGCUACGCCGUGUUCGAGGCCGGGCUCCUCGUCCGCGCCGUGUUCGUCAACCUGCACGCGUGGCUCGCGAGCAGCACGGGCGCGCGCCCGACCGUGCACGUCGACCUCGACUUCGCGCUGGGCGGGGGCGCGACGCAGGGAGAGCUGGACGCGUUCUGGGGCCGCGAGGCGACGGCGAGGAGAUUGGUGAUCGGCCAUGCGGACGACGUUGCGAACUUGACUUGGGCGGGGCAGAGUUAUGAGAAUGGUGGUGUGGCGCCGACGGGACGGGUGGCGGCGGAGAGGAUUAAGCUGAGCGAGGGCUUCGAUAUCCGUUCGACGGAGGCUGUCCUGGUGGACUUUGUGACGCUUUAGUGACGCUUUACAAGUGGUAGUCGUCCGAACCUGCAUCCACGUUACGACUUGCGUCUAUGCGACUUUUACAAACAUCGGAUGAUU